AUGAGCAGCACGCCAUCAACGAAAACCUCGUUUCCUGUUGGAGCAGCUGCGCCUUCUACUUUCGCAUCGGCCUUGUAUUCUACUCCUCCGCAAUACGACGUCGUCCCUGACAAUAACACAUCGUCAUCUUCUCAAGCUGGCUCAGCUCUAUAUGCAUUGCCUCCGCAGUAUGAUGUCGUACCUGGUACUGCUGCCCCGUCAUCCACUCAAAUGGCUCCUAGUCAUGUGUAUCCUGUUCUUUACGAAGAACCACCUGCUGAAGAUCUGACGACUAUCCCGGCAUACGAUGUGCCUCCAGUUGAGAACGGAAGAUUACCAUCGAUUGGGAAGAUGACAGCUGUCUUUGAUUUUAAGCCCGUUGGACCUAAUCAACUUGAAAUUGUAGCGGGUGAACGAUUAGAUUUGAUCCAAGCUCACGAUGAUGGAGGAAAUCCAGAAUGGAUCUGGGUCCAGCGACCGAAUGGAGAACAUGGUUUUGUCCCCGCAGCGUAUUGCAAAGCAGUGUAG